AUGGAUUCUGGUAAUGCCUUGCGGCAUUUUGAUGAAUCACUACUGCGCGAACUCCCUCAACUCUCUCUCCGUAUCGCCCCUCUACGAGAACCAGUAUCCUCACGAACCCUAAGCGCCCCAUCGCCUCUCGAACCCAAUGCCAGUGGGACACGGGAGUCGAAUACUAUCUCCAAUUCAAACACCAAGAAUGGAAAAGUCCCAGCAAAUGCAAAGGCAAGCUUGCCGACAGUGACGGAGUUUUUGAACGCUGCGCGGACAAAGAAUACCGAACUCUCAACAGAUGCGCAGUCAAAUGUGGAACGCCCUCCGAGGCCGAUACUUCCUGCUUUUGUGAAUCUUCGAGCCCUGGAAAAGUUCCCAUUUUCGUCAUCUUUUGACGAUGAUGCCCUCCAAGGGCCUCGCAAACGUCGUUGCCGAGACCUUCAAGCUGAUUCCUUCAGCGAGCAUCUACAGUUGCCUAUCCCCCAGGCUCAAAAGGAGCAGCGGCCUCCCCCAUUUGGGCCAUUUGCUAUCCUAAACGGACUCAAUGAGCCGCCACCCAAUGCUGCUCUGCUUCCACCCAUUGAGGCUGGGUCUAAUAUCUCCCAGCUAUUAAUCAAGCCCUCCGGGGACGAUGCUGCUGUCGACUCUGGGGCCUUGGUGUCAGCUCAUGGAUUGGUCGCAGAGGGCCAACCCGUGGAGAGACGCGACGCUAAACUUGAAGAGAUCCUCGGCACAUCCCUCGAUGUGGAAGAAGACGACGAUCAUGACGAUAAUGAUGAAUAUCUUGAAAGUACUGAUCCAGUGGACCCUGAUACCCGCGAACCAGAUCAUCUUAAGAGAGAUAAGGCAUUGUCUCCCAAGUCGGGACAAGAUGCGCCCAUGUCCCCCAAGGCUCGCGGCCGGUCCCGUAAGAACCUCAGAAGGUGGACGGACGAAGAGACGAGGUCUUUACUUCGCGGGGUUCUCAAGUGUGGGAUUGGCAACUGGACUGCUAUUCUUGCGCAACCGGAGUUGGAGUUUAAUCAGCGGACUGCGUCGAAUCUGAAAGACAGUGCAUCCGAUCCCAAUGAAGCUGCGAAAAAACUACACGGAAUUCUCACUAAUGCCUUACUCAAAGCCAAAGCUGAGAGAUCCGAGGAAUCAAUUGGCAAAAAUUAUCCCUCUCAUCUAAUCCCUUCCGAGCAAGCCUUGGAGCCAAUCUCCGAAGGCGGAAGCCCAGCUUCUACUACACACAAGCCGCCUAUCUCAAGCACACUCUCAUCCACGCCAGGCACAGAUCCAGGCAGUAAUAGCAGCGCCCAAUCCCAAUCACCAACAUCGGGAAACAGCACACCCGCCAUCUCAACCACAUCUCGCCCAACCCUCGCAUCCCUCGGAAUCCCCGAACCCCACGUUGCAAAACCCAAACGUCGCUCCAGACGACCAUUCACAAGCACCGAAGACGAAGCCCUCCUCAAAGGCUACGCCGUCCACGGUUUUCAGUGGACGCUGAUCCAGCAAGAUCCACGCCUGAAUCUAAUCCACCGCAAAGCGACUGACCUCCGCGACCGCUUCAGAACGAAAUUCCCGCGCGCCUACCGCGAUGGCGGUUCUGUGAGUGGCAAAGCCCUAACCAACCCAAACCACGGCCAGGAUCCCACAGCAGGCGCCUCGACUCCUCGGCCGCACCCUGUUACUGUCAGUGCACAAUCCCCAAGCAAGGCUUAUACAAUUACUCCAACUCAAACGCCGGCUACUACUCCCCGCAACUCGGCGUCAAGGAGUCGUCACACGGCUACGUCUUCCCAGUCUAGCCUUGCUCAGAUUGAUCCUGCGCUAUUGCCUCCGCCUCCUCAUGGGUUUAUGGAACAUUCUAUGGGUCUUCCUCCUGCUGCUGCGGGUGCGCUUUCGUUCUCUUUGGAUGAUGCCUCCGGGACUGGCGCCUCGGCGACGGUGGAGACACCGUGGGAGGAUAAUACGCUUGCUCCUAUGAUGUGGGAUGAACUGAACUAA